AUGAAAAAAGAUGAUUUUGUGAAUAGGAAGAGACAAUUAUCUAAGCCAAUAGAUUUUUUUUUUACAAAAAAACCAAAGGAAAGUACUGAUAAUGAUAUAAUUCAACCUACUGAGAUUAACGCUAAUGCUGGUGAGCUAUCAACGAUAUCUACAACCAAUCCUACUGAAAUUGAGAAAAUUGAAAACCAAACUAUAAAUAUAGAUAGUGCAUUUGAUUAUGAUAUAGGCCGUUAUUUUGGUAAAAAUAUUAAAUUGAAUGAUUUCACUAAAUUUCAAUUGUUAGAAAAUCCAUGGUUUCCAUCCAAUACAUAUAAUUUUCCUUUCUCACUACAUUCAAAAGGUGGUAGAGACGUUAAACGUUUUGUUGGACUCCAUCAUCUUAAAGCUCAUCACUGGCUUGUCCUCUCAGAUCUUCAUCGUGGUCUUUAUUGUAAGUAUUGUGUACUUUUUUCUGGUGAAUAUGGAUCUCACCAGAGUGGUAGUCAACUAGGAAAGUUAGUAAAAAAACCACUUACGUCAUUUGCAAAGCUUUAUGGUAAAGAUGGCUACCUUACAACUCAUGAGAACUCAAAGUAUCAUAAAGAUGCAGUUAGUGCAGGUAAAGACUUUUUAAUAACAUAUCAUGCCCCUCAAUUGGAAGUCAUCAACCAAGUGAAUUCUCAACGGUUAGCUCAGGCACAAGAAAAUCGGUCUCGUCUUCGUCCAAUAAUUGAGACAAUUAUUUUAUGUGGACGGCAAAAUAUUCCUUUACGAGGACACAGAGAUGAUGGCUAUGUUUUAGAUCAAAAUAUUAAGACAAUAGAAUCAUCAGAAUCUGUUAGCAGUGCAAAGAACGAUGGGAACUUUAGGGAACUUUUGCGCUUUCGAGUGGCCGCUGGAGAUACCAAACUUGAGAAUCAUCUUAAAAAUGCAUCAGCCAAUGCAACAUACAUUGGAAAGAACACUCAGAAUGAACUAAUAAAUGCAUGUGGUGAAGAAGUAUUACAAAAUUUAAUUGAAAAAGUACAUCAGUCUCGAUGGUUUUCAAUUAUUUUUGAUGAGACUACAGAUGCCGCACAUAGAGAACAGAUGAGUAUUUCUCUUGAUAUAUCUGAAGAUAUUGAAGGAGAAGAACGGCGUUUGUCUGGAAAAGUUCUAGGACACAUUGUUAUUGAUUUUUGUAAAAAAUAUACAUUUGAGUUGGAAAAAAAAUGCGUUGGGAUUGGUACAGACAACUGUGCAGUAAUGUCAUCGGAGAUUAAUGGUGCUGUUCAAGAGAUACGUAAAGUAGCAAGUUAUGCAAAACGUUGUCCCUGUAUGAACCAUUCGUUAAACAACUCUCUUAAAAGGUCUAAUAAUAUAUUGGCUUGCCAGAAUACUAUAAAUAAAAUGAAAGAAAUAAUAGCUUUCUCAAAUUCAUCCGCCAAAAUAACUAAUGUUUUUCGUACUCUUCUUGGUCGGUCAUUUUCGGGGCUCUGUGAGACACGGUGGCAAGAAAAACAUGACGGAACAAUUCAGUUUUGUACUUAUUUGCCUGAAAUAUGUGAAGGCUUAGAAAAAAUCACCUAUUGGAUUCGUUCUCCAGAUACUUCAACAAAAGCACACUCACUUCUAAAUACAGUAACUUCCAGUGAAUUUAUAGUUACAACAUUUGCCCUUUCCGAUGUUUUAGGAACGACACUUCCUCUUAGUCGAUUACUACAAUCUACUAAACUAGACGCUGUUUCCGCUAUCGAUGCUUAUAAUGAUGUUUUAUCAGUUUUACAAACAAAACGAGAAAAUGCAGAUCCAGUUUUUCAACAAAUCUUUAAAAAGGCACAAAAUAUGGCAUCCAAAUUAGAUGUGGAAAUUAUAAAACCACGAAUAGCAAAAAGGUCAGUUUAUAGAGCAAAUCAACUUAAUUCAGAUUCUAUUCCAGAAGUAUUUUAUAGAAUUUCUAUCUAUAUACCAAUCUUAGAUUCAGUUAUAAAUGAUCUACAAAACCGCUUUUCGGAAGAUGUCUUAAACUCUUUUGACCUACGAAUUUUGAUGCCAGCUACAAUAGAUUUUGAAGCAUUAAAAAAAUCAGAAGAAGCAAAUAAAACCAAACUAAAAAUAAUAAAAUUGUCAGAGAUUUACGGUGGUAUUUUGAAGAAUAAUGCGAUUUGUUUAGAAGCCGAGUAUGAUGUGUGGCUAGCAAAGUGGAAUCGUGUGAAAAUGAAUAACGGCAAAAUUCCAGAAACAGCUUUAGAAGUACUCGAUGUGUGUGAUGUUGAUAUGUUUCCCGCGAUUCAUACUUUGAUUCAUAUUUUAGCAACUUUGCCAGUCAGUGUAGCGACGGCUGAAAGAUCUAGAAGCAUCAACGAGCUUCAACACAAGCGAUAUUGGAGCAAUCCAAAACAAUUAUGCAGGAGAAGUUCAAUUGCAUUUAGACAGUAUUGCAAAGACAAUACAAAUUUACAAGGAAGUUUAUUAUUUAAGAGGGGCUGUAGCCCUGUAGGGUUUAGUGGUCAAGACCGGUAG